AUGGCGCCUACUGCUACCAGCGUCCGCAACAACGACGGCAUCGCCAACUACACCAAAUUUUGGCAAAAGGACUCCAAGGAUGACUCGGCCACCGACAUGGCAAACCGCCUCUCCGAGUACACCUCGGUGGUCAACGGCUACUACGACGGUGCCACUGACCUCUACGAGUACGGCUGGGGCCAGAACUUCCACUUCGCCCGCUACUACCCCGGUGAGGCCUUCAUGCAGGCCAUCGCACGUCACGAGCACUACCUCGCCCACCAGAUGAGCCUCAAGCCCAAGAUGCGAGUGCUCGAUGUCGGUUGCGGCGUCGGUGGCCCCGCCCGUGAGAUUGCCCGUUUCGCCGACGUCAACAUUGUCGGUCUCAACAACAAUGAAUACCAGAUCCAGCGCGCUCGCAAGUACACAGAGAAGGCUGGCCUCUCCGCUCAAGUCGAAUUCGUCAAGGGCGACUUCAUGAAGCUUGCUGAGCAGUUUGGCGAGAACAGCUUCGACGCCGUCUACGCCAUCGAGGCCACCUGCCACGCACCCAACUUCGAGGGUAUCUACGGUGAGAUCCAGAAGGUUCUCAAGCCCGGAGGAAUCUUCGGUGUCUACGAGUGGUGCAUGACCGACGCCUGGGACCCGACCAACCCCGAGCACAAGCGAAUCGCCCACGGCAUCGAGAUCGGCGACGGAAUCCCCGAGAUGCGCUCCAUCGAGAAUGCCCGAAACGCGCUCAAGUCCGUUGGCUUCCAGAUCGAGCACGAGGAGGACCUUGCCGACCGUGGAGACAAGAUCCCCUGGUACUACCCCAUCGCCGGAAGCUUGAGAGACUGCCAGACCGUAUGGGACUACUUCACCGUGGCCCGUAUGACCAAGAUCGGUCGAGCCACCACCCAGACCGCCGUCAAGGUCCUCGAGACCCUCCGCCUCGUUCCUCAGGGCACUCACUCGGUCGGCGCCUCGCUCGUCACCGCUGCUGAUGCUCUCGUGGAUGGCGGUCGCACCAAGCUCUUCACCCCAAUGAUGCUUUUCGUCUGCCGCAAGCCUGCGUCAAACUGA